UCCCGUUUUGAAUUUUUUCCUCUCCAUUUUUUUUCUUUUUUUUGCUCGUCUCUUCCUCAUCCUCUCACCGCCGCCGCCGCCGCGAGCGAUUUCUGGCUGUGCCGCCGGGAUGCAGAGGAGGUGGCAGGUGUGGGGGAAGCCCGACGGGAGCCUCGUCUGGGUACCCGCCUCCGACGGGCCGCCGCCACCGGCGGCGGCGGCCAGUGAGGCGCCGCUUCCUCGUCCCGAUCCGCAGCCGGCUGCGACGGAGCUGGGAGAGGCGCGAUCCGGCGAUGCGAUUCCCGAAGGCCCCGGCGCCGCCGAUGGAUGCAGCGUCCCGUCGAUGGCUGACCUCUUCAACCAAGCUUUGGAUAAGCUGGUUGCUGCUGAUGGAAUGGCCGAAGCGAUCGAGGAUUCAGGGAAAGGUGCGGUGUUCUGCACUGGGUUGGGGGGAUCAGUUGCCGUCAGCGAGAGGGCUGUAGAGAGGGCCAAGGCAUUGGUUGGGGAGGUCGCGGAGGAGAUAAGUAAUGAGAGAAGGCAACCAUUUGGUGAUGGUUCUAAUUUGGAGUGCGGAUUGGGAGAAAGUAAUGUUUCAUUUAAAGGUGGUGUACAUAAAGAUAGUUUGUCUCCGAUGUUCCAAACCGGAUCGGGUAAAAUGGUUUCACUGAGCAAGGGCUCAAUUCAGAAGGCUAGAGCUGUUUUAGAAGGAAAUGCCGAGAAUUCUUCUGUCAUUGCUGUACAGUCUAUGUUCCAUACUGGAUUGGUUAGGCCAGACCCAGUCAGCAGGAGCUCCACUGAUAAUGCAAUGACUGUUUUGGAGGGACAAACAAAUCCAAAACAAGGAGAUGUGGCAGAUGUGUAUGACAAGGAAAAUUUUCCAUUGUUCCAAACUGGUUCAGGUAAAGCUGUAUCGGUCAGUGUAGCAUCUAUCCAGAAAGCUAAGGCUGUCCUGGAGCAAAAUAAUACAGUAGAAAACACGGAAGAUUUUGGUAGGCCUGACCAAUCUCUGAUUUUCCAAACUGGUUCGCGAAGACCAGUCUUGAUCAGUGAAAGAUCUAGCUCUGUGGUGAAGGAUGGAGGUGCUGAAAAUAUUGUGUUCCAAACGGGGUUAGGGAGGCCUGUUGUGGUGAGCCAGACCUCAAUUCAAAAGGCAAGGACAGUAUUAGAUCAAGAAUGUGCCAAAAGAAGUGGACAUGGAGAUACUAAUGUCUCCACCACUACUUUUCAAACUGAAACACCAACGUCUGUUCUGAUGAGUGGUGGCCUGACUAUGAAUGAUAGAUCUGUUACACCUGAGGGGGGUGUUUCAAUGCAAGGAAAUUUUUUGGAGGCUGAUGGUCACUUGCCAUUAUUUCAAACUGGGUUAGGGAGGUCCAUUUCAGUAAGUAAAGGCUCAAUUAAGAGAGCAAGUGCACUUCUGGAGCCAAGGAACAUUACAAAAGAACUGGAAGAUGAAGCUCACUCAGAUGAUGGCUGUGCCACUCCAAUGUUCAAAACUGGAUCAGGAAGGUCUAUCACAGCAAGUGAAAAUUCUAGAAAGAAAGCCCACGUUGUCUUAGAGGGCGAGGAACCAGUAAAAAAUGUAAAUAAUGACACUGGAGAAGCCAUUGCUCCAAUGCUCCAUGCUGGAAUGCAGAAGUUUGCACCCCAAAAUAGAAACUCAAGUCAUAAGGCGAUCACCCUCAUGGAGCAAGGGAGCUCUAUGAAAGAAGAAUACAUAGACCGUGGAAACGAACCACCAAUGUUUCGAACUGGAUCUGGGAAGUCAGUCUUGAUUAGUCACAGCUCCGUGCAGAAGGCAAGGGCGGUUCUGGAGGAAGAAGGCAAUAUGAAGAAAGAAAAUCACAAACAACUUAGCAAUGUGGACAAAUAUAUUCCGAUCUUUACUUCACCUCUCAAGACAAGCUAUGCAAGGACUGUACAUAUAUCUUCAGUUGGUGUUUCUCGAGCUGCAACUUUGUUGGGUUUGGAGGAGAAUACCCUUUCAACACAACUUUUAGGACAUGUGGGUGAUAAGCUAGGUACAAAGAUAACUGUUGAGAGGGAAAAUUCAGAGCACCAGUUUGGUGUAGCAUCAGUCAGUGGAAUUUCUGGUGGCUGCCCUAUAAGCUCUGGCCCAGCUGAAAACCAAGUACUUAUGGAUCCACAUCAGCAUUUUGCAUUUUCUAAAACAACGUUCUCUGAUUCUAGUGAGCAAGCUAUCAGGUUCAGCACUGCUGGCGGCAGAACAAUGGCUAUUUCUAGUGAUGCACUUCAGCGUGCGAAAAAUCUUCUGGGUGAAUCGGAUUUAGAGGUUUCACCAAAUAAUUUAUUAGGCCACUCUUCAGCAUCUGCUUGUAAAGAGAAUAUACAAAAUUCAACUGGUCUGCGAAAAGAAGGUGAACCUGAUUUAUUGAAAAGUAGGGGGAACAGCAAAACUGAGCCAGCACAAUUUUCCAUUCCAGCAAAACCUGAUAGGAAGCACACAGAUUCCUUGGAAUAUGCUGUACCUGAUGCCACUUUGGCUAACGGAAACUCCGUCAGGCUUCAUGCGGCAAGAGAUUUUCAUCCUAUCAAUGAAAUUCCAAAGAUAUCCAAGCCUUCUUCCAGAUGUUCAUUUGGAACUGAAAAUGCAAGUGACACUAAAGAUAAGGCUCGAAGACUCCAAAUGCCAUCUGGACCAUUGAUUGACAUCACUAAUUACAUCGAUACACAUUCUGUUAAUACUGACUACCUGGCCGGUGAGAAGAGAAGAUUUGGGGGAAGAAACUCCAUAUCUCCCUUUAAACGUCCUCGUUCUUCCAGGUUCAUCGCACCUAUCAACAUCAAUAAUCCAUCCCCUUCUGGAGUAUCCAAACUACCUAUUCAGAUUAAUCCCUGUCGAACAAAGCUAUCUUCAUGCUAUCCUUUUCAACAUCAAAGAAAAUCGUGUGAAGAGUAUUUUGGUGGUCCCCCAUGCUUCAAAUAUUUGACAGAAGAUGUAACAGAUGAAGUGAAGCUCAUGGAUGCAAAAAAGGCUGAGAAGUACAAGUUUAAAACAGAUACUGGUGCAGAAGAAUUUCAGAAGAUGCUUCUUGCCUGUGGUGCUUCAUUGACAUACACAACUAAAGAAUGGGUCAGCAACCACUACAAAUGGAUUGUUUGGAAGCUUGCUUCAUUGGAGAGAUGCUAUCCAACUAGAGCUGCUGGCAAAUUCUUAAAAGUUGGUAAUGUUUUGGAAGAGCUGAAGUACAGGUAUGACAGAGAAGUGAACAAUGGCCACCGCUCAGCCAUAAAGAAAAUUUUGGAAGGGAAUGCUUCACCAUCUUUGAUGAUGGUGCUGUGCAUUUCUGCUAUUUACUCUUGUCCUGACCUAAACAACAGUAAGCCAGAGGAUGAUAGGGCACAUACAGACGACGACAACAGUGAGAAUAAAAGCUUGAGACCUGCUAAAAGGAACAUGUCUACAAAGAUUGAACUAACUGAUGGAUGGUAUUCUCUAGAUGCGUCAUUAGAUCUGGCACUUUUGGAGCAACUAGAGAAAAGAAAACUUUUUAUAGGACAGAAGCUUCGGAUAUGGGGAGCUUCACUAUGUGGGUGGGCUGGGCCUGUGUCAUUUCAUGAGGCAUCGGGUACCGUCAAAUUAAUGAUCCACAUAAAUGGCACCUAUCGUGCAAGAUGGGAUGAGACUUUGGGGUUAUGCAAGCAUGCUGGAGUCCCACUGGCAUUCAAGUGCAUAAAAGCUUCAGGUGGCAGAGUUCCUAGGACACUGGUUGGAGUUACAAGGAUUUAUCCUGUUAUGUACAGGGAGAGGUUUUCUGACGGUCGUUUUGUGGUGAGGUCUGAAAGGAUGGAAAGAAAAGCACUACAGCUGUAUCACCAGAGAGUGUCUAAGAUUGCAGAAGACAUUCAGUCAGAACAUGGAGAACACUGCGACAACACUGAUGAUAACGAUGAAGGGGCAAAAAUAUGCAAAAUGCUAGAGAGGGCAGCUGAGCCUGAAAUUCUUAUGUCCAGCAUGAGUUCAGAGCAGCUGCUGUCUUUCUCAUAUUAUCAAGAAAAGCAAAAGAUUGUCAGGCAAAAUGAAGUAGCUAAGAAGGUUGAAAAUGCUCUUAAAGUUGCUGGGCUUAGUUCAAGAGAUGUUACACCAUUUUUGAAAGUGAGGGUGACGGGCCUUAUCAGCAAACACUCCGCCACAAAAUCUGGCUGCAGGGAAGGGUUAAUAACAAUUUGGAACCCUACCGAGAAGCAAAAAUCCGACCUGGUGGAGGGACAAAUUUAUUCUGUCACAGGACUGUUGGCUUCAAGCUACUUUACAGAAGUAUCCUACUUGAGUGGUAGAGGAUCAUCUACAGCAUGGACGCCUUUAGCAACCGCACAGACUACAAAUUUUGAACCAUUUUUCACCCCUCGUAAAGCAGUUGAAUUGUCACAUUUUGGUGAAGUGCCACUUACAAGCGAAUUUGACAUUGCAGGUGUUAUUUUGUAUGUUGGGAAUGUUUAUUUAUUGAACAACCAGAAUAGGCAGUGGCUCUUUUUGACAGAUGGAUCUAAAUUUAUCUCUGGAGAAAAGUAUGAAGAGCAAGAUGACUGUCUUCUGGCAGUUAGCUUUUCUUCCAAAACCACUGGCGAGGAUUCUGCAUUCUUCAAUUAUGCCCUUUCUGGACAUAUAGUUGGUUUUAGUAAUCUGGUCAAGCGAGAUAAAGACCAGAUGAGGCACGUGUGGGUAGCUGAGGCGACAGAGAGCUCCACCUAUAGUCUCUCCCACGAGAUACCUAAAAAAUCACAUCUCAAAGAGGCUGCCACUUCUGCUGAAAAAUGGGCUUCAAAUUCUCAUCCUAUGAUUCAGCAUCUGAAGGAAAGAGUUCUGCAAAUAGUUGGUGACAGUGGUGGCUGAAGUACUCUGAAUGGUGCUGCUCGUAGAACAGUUUUGUUUCAGGACUCGACCAGAAUGAAGCCUAUGGCAGUGGAUGCUCGUUGUCGACUAGACAACUGACAGUCUUGAUAAAUGCUGCAUGGCAUACGAAUGAUGGAUGGAUACGACGGACGUGAUUGGCACGUGGAGGGACAGAUCAGCGGAUUUGGACACGAGAUAUCCUGCUGGCGAGGAAAUGGUUAGACUCCCACCACGACAUCAUCCUGCUGGCGUUUGAGCGUCCCAAGUUUCAACAUGGAGCGUCAUGCUGCCCUCCCAAUCCCAUUGAACACGCACAUCUGCUCGUCGUUCGCUAUGAGCCUAUGAAUUAUAGAUUACGAGCAUCUGGUGUCUGCUGCCUAUCCUGACUUGUAAUUAUCCGGUGUAUAAAGUUGUGUAUGGAGGCUUAGUUUGAUCAUUUUGAUAUUUCUACAGCCAUUUUACAUGCGUUUAGGGAAAAAAAAUAGUAAUACGUGCUAUAGCUAAGUUAUUGAUACUCAAUUCUCAAAUUGGAGAACAGCCCUGACGCAAUUAUAUGGUUGUAUUUCUCACUCCAAUAUCCAAUUGGGGAAAAUGUCUGUUGUUUAAAUUUCUAUGAUAUUUUAGACUUCCCAGAUA